AGAUUACUUCCUGUUGCUGUGGAAGACCAAAUUUGGGAAGUGUUGAUACUCUUGGAUGUGAAGCAGUCUUUAUAACUGUUAACUCUCUUUUUCUAAGAUAUUGGAUUUUUGCUAUUUCCUAAGUUUCCAUCAUGUCGCAGAAGUGCCCACGGUGUGAUAAAGCUGUAUAUUUUGCUGAAGAAGUGCGAGCCCUUGGCAAGAAAUGGCACAAACUUUGUUUGAAAUGUGCCAAAUGCAACAACCUGCUGGACAGCACCACCUGUACAGACCACGACAACGAAGUCUUUUGCCGGGCCUGUUAUGCUAAGCACUUUGGUCCAAAGGGCUACGGGUUUGCUGGAGGAGCCUCAGGACUUUCCAUGGACACUGGUGACCCGGCCGAGGUCACACGCAAGAACGUCUCCCACCUAGCUGAGGCCCAUGCUGCUCCCAUCCUCAGCACCAAUGGCACUGCAACAGCAAAACCUCGAUGGGGCAGUUCCGACAUGUGCCCUCGAUGUAACAAGGCUGUGUAUAUGGCUGAGAAAGUGAUUGGUGCUGGAAAGACUUACCAUAAGGUCUGCUUCCGGUGUUCCACGUGUAACAAAUCCUUGGAUUCCACCACAUUGUGUGACAAAGGCUGCGAGAUUUACUGCAAAGCUUGCUACAACAAACAGUUCGGACCAAAGGGCUAUGGUUUUGGCGCUGCCCUAGUGAGGACGACAUAAACAGCGGAACUUCUUUUGAAUAAUUAUUAUAAGUGCAUUAACUGCUAUUUCUACACAGCACGGGACCAGCAACAAGUGAUAGUACCAUGCACACACAAACGCACACACUGUAUUAACCUUAAAAUGGACACUGUAUGAAAAUACAUAUAGCCAAAUAUUUGCCAUUAUUUCUCCUUCCUUAGAUGUAGCAAAUAGUUAUAGAUCUUAGAAGAAAUACAGAAUAUAUUCUUGGAAGUUAA